GAAAUAAUAAAUUGAAAUAAAAUUCGUUCUCCUGCUGAAGAAGUUGUGCAUUAGGAUUUGAUAAAACCCGCAAUAUCCCUAUCAAUCAGGUCAGAAUCAGCUUAAAAACCCUAUAGUUUCAGGUUCGUAAUUUUCCAUUGUUUCUUCUUUUGAUGUGUUCUAGUUUCUAGGGUUUGAUGACGUGAAUGCCCCUUUAUCAAUUUGAACCUCGUUUAGUAGUGAUGUCGAGUGGGAAAAGCGUUCAGGAACUCGCUGUGGAGGGGCAGAAACAUUUAGAAGACACAAUUGAAGCAGCAUUUCAGAUUCUUUCAUCAAUGAAUGACGAGCUCUGCAAUCCUGCCUUGUGGUCUACAACGGGUGUGGUUUCUUCUCAUUCUUCUAAUGGCGUCAAUGGUGAUGCUUCUGACUCUUUGCACCAGUCGGAAUUAGGUGGUGGAGCUCUUGAAGAUGCACGCCUUCGAUAUAAAUCUGCAGUUGCUUCUCUGCGUUCUGUUCUUACUGCCAUUCCCAGUCAUCCAAAGUCGGCAAAAGCAUAUGAGAGUGGUAGCACAGUUGGUGGGUCGGAAUCUGGAGCAGAUCAAGCUGAAAUCGAAAAGCUGCAAGACCAAGUCAUCACUUUGAGAAAGGAAGUUGCAGACAAGAACAAGCAUGUAAAACUUCUGAUAGAUCAAUUUCGAGAACUCAUUACAGACAUAUCUACAUGGCAGAGUCCUUGUUCUUUAUGACCGUUCACGGAAGACGAAACGCAUUUUUGAGAAUGGCUCCUGUUUAUUUUGUAACUGAGCUAGAGCAGAAGUAGGUCGUUAUGUUCUACAAAUAUAAUUUUAGACAUGCCAUUGUUAUAGUCUUGAACGUUAAUUUAUAUAUCUUCCGUUUUAUAUUAUUCUAUACAUUACACUCAGGGUUCAGAAGUUCUGUUUCUCAUUUAAAUUAGUUAUGUAGUAAUACGACAUCUAUUUUGCCUACUGAUUCCAAAUUUA